AUGGAUGAAACCACGUUAGUGAACACUUCCCCAAUAAAGGAUCAGAAUAAUUUGAAAGAUAAGUGCUCACAGGUUAUUUCCCAUGAAGAUUCCUGUAAACUGUCAAAAACCAAAGUUUGCAAACCAAACACUAAGAAUACAUCAAAUAUUCUGGAGAAAAGGUUAGAGUAUAAUGAAAUUACUAAUAACUCUUUAAGACGGCAAAAAGAUAUAACAUCAUUGAAACAGGCAAUAAAGAUAGUUGAUAAAUAUGAUGAAGAGAAAAAGACUUUUGAUUUGAUCGAUAAGUGGAGAGAUAUUUCUCAGAAAGGUUUGUCUUAUAUGAUGAAUUCGACACUUUUAAAGAUUGACAGAGUUGGCGGUUAUAUGGAGUUGAGGAAAAAAGAAUUAGAAGCCGAGAAGAGACAGAUUGAAUACCAAUUAGAGAAUGAUUUGGAUGGGGAAUAUGAGAAUAUGAUAGAAACUGAAGAAUUCCAGAUGUUACCGGAAGAUGUUAAAUCAGAAUAUGCUAAAAAAUUUGAACAUGAAAAGGAGAAGGUCAACAGUUGGAAAGAGAAAAAAUUCUCUGAACUCGAUUCUAAAUUAGAUUCAAUUUCAAACGAAUCAUUUACUAUGGAAGAAUUAUGUAAAAGAUUAAAGGUCGACUUUUCCCUGGUUUUCCAAUCUUCAAAUGAAAACUAA